CAUCACCAACGGUGGUGUUUGCAAAAACGCGAAAUCCUUCGGAAAUGUAGUUGAUUUGGAAUUCAAUAGCUUUUUUUUCCUAAUUGUGAUUUAUCUUUUGCUUUCAAAAUGUCGUCAUUAUCUGUAAUAUUAGCUUUUCUUUUUAUUUCAUUAAAAAUUAUACAAGUAAUACCAAUACAAUUAGAAUUAAAAGAGGGUGACAACUACAAAGAUAAUGUUGUGGAUGAUUCACAAUUAAACGAAUGUAUAAGUGUUCAAAGAAGUGCAGAGUUGGGUGUUUGUUUCGGGAAAGAAAUAUUAAAUAACCUCAACAAGUUUAACGAAGCAGAUUCAUUUAGUUUAGCAACUGGAGUAUCGUUUGUAAGAGAUGAAAAAACCCCAAGGGAUAUUGCAAGUUUCCUUGAUAAGGAUCCAAUGGAUUUUCGCUCCAUGAUGGAAGAUGCCAGUAAUCUGAUCUCUAAAAGGUCAUUGCACUGGGAUCUAAGUACAUUGUACCCAGGGUUGGUAAUGAGGAUUGGACCGACUCUAGCCAAUGGGGUAUUGGAAUUUGUUAUGGAUCCGAGAGUGAAAGAUCGAGCUUACCAUCAACAUCCGCAUGAAGUAUCUACUGGACGUUUAUUGGCAAGAAAUCUAUUGGUUCCAUUUCUACUGGGCUUUAAAUUUCAAUUAUCGACAUUAUUACCACUAAUAUUAGGAUUGGUAUUGAUUGCAAGUAAAAAGGCAUUCUUACUGUCAAAAUUGGCUUUACUAGCAGUAACUGUAUUCAGUGGUGGAGGUUCAAAUUAUGGUAGUUCUUAUGGAGGAACGUAUGGAGGAUUCACGAGUCCGACAUUAUCGUCAUAUACUUCGUUUGAUAAUCCAGUCCAUAGUCAUGAGCAUCAUUCAGGAGGAUACUAUAAUAGAAGACCCCAUCAUGCGGAGUACUAUUAUAGGGAAAAAUCAGCAGAGCAAAGCACAGCUACGCCCAUAACUCCAGAUGAGUUGAGAGAUAGACUAGAAAGGUUGUUCAUAACUAAAAAAGACAUAAUAGAUGAACCUAGAGAUGAAAAUAAGGAGAGAAAUGCUAGAAAUUUCGCAUGGACACCAAUUAAUGCUGGAUAGUGCUAAAUGCAAUAUUUAGCAUUACAAUUUAUGAUAAUAUAAGUUUUUAUUGGAAUCUUUACAGAGGUAAAUUGGUAAUUUAAAAAAUUUACCACAGCAUUGAAUGGAUAUCAUACAAUUUUACAACUAUGAUAUUUAAUAUAUAAAAGAGCAAAAUUUAUGCAAUUGUAUGCAUACCGUAUACCACCGCAAUGUUGAUGUAGAAAAUUGAAAAAAUACCGCACGAGAAAUUCGUACUAUAUUGUGCCGGAUCAUGCUAUGGUAAAUUUUAAAAAUCCUAUCAUAGUAAUAAACCAUAACGUUUUCUGUUUCUUCUACAUUUACUAUUAUCUCUGUAGAUGCUUGUUUUUCAAUAUUUGAAUUCAUUUAAAGCUACACUUCAAAUUUUAUUCAUUAAUAGCUCUCAUAACUAAUUUUAUUUAAUAAUACCUUAGUUUAAAAAUCUAUCCUUCUAGUCAACUCUUUCUUUUCUUUCGAAUCAUUAUAUAUUUCAUCAAUCUAAUUUAUGCAAUAUAUAUACAUAUAUUGGUUAUCUUGUACAUAGAUAUUGGA